AUGAGCGUUGAAGUUGGCAAACCCGCCCCGGACUUCACCCUGCCGACGGACGGGGGCGGCUCGGUUUCUCUUAAGAAGUUGCGCGGCAAGAAGGUCGUCCUCUACUUCUAUCCGAAGGACGAUACUCCUGGGUGCACCAAGGAAGCCUGCGGUUUCCGCGACAGCCUGCCGGACUUCAGCGGGCUGGAUGCCGAGAUCAUCGGCGUGUCGAAGGACAGCGUCGCCAAGCACGACAAAUUCAAGGCAAAGUAUGAGCUGCCCUUUACCCUCGCGUCCGACGAGGAAGGCACGACUGUUGAAGCCUACGGGUCCUGGGUCGAGAAGGCGAUGUACGGCAAGAAGUACAUGGGCAUCGACCGCUCCACCUUUCUGAUCGACGAAAAAGGCGUUCUGCGCGCCGAAUGGCGAAAGGUGAAGGUGCCGGGCCACGUCGAGGAGGUUCUGGCCAAAACCAAGGAACUCUGA